GGUCCUGGGAGGUGGGAGGGAGAGGCUAUGCUGGGGGGGCCCGGGACAGGGUGGGGAGGCUGAGAAAGGAGGCCCAUGGAGAAUGCUAAAGGGGCCUCCACCUUGCUCCCUGAGCCCUCCAAAGAACGACCCCGUGGGAUCCUGAAGGACCCCAGCUCCACCAUGAUGUUGAAAAUCUUGCCUUCCGAGAAGAAGAAGUCUCAGCACUGGGAUGAGAUGAACAUCCUGGCUACGUACCACCCAUUAGGGAAAGACUACGGUUUCAUGGAGGUUGACGAGCCCAGAACCCCGUUUUGCAGGAUGCAAGACAGCAAUGAGGAGCUCAGAGCUGGGACAUCCCAAGCUAUGACCCCUGAGUCACUGGCUGACAGGUUGGCAGCCAUGAAGACUCUACCCCCGAAGGUCCUCCAGGUCGGCAACAACAGUAGCUCAGACUCCAGGGACAACUUUGCCGUAUCAAAGCCUUCUUCCAAGGACUUCGAGAAGCUGAGGAAAGCCCACUACGAUGAGGGCAAGUUCCUGAAGGCCCCAAGGACCUGGCUGGACGAGGAGGACGAGGAGCAACACGAGCGGGACUUUGAACGUCAAAGGAGAGCUUACUAUAGCAAAGGCCAGUACCUCAGGUCCGGAAACAACACAGCGUCUGAAGACUAUUCUGAUGAAGACUCCAAUGAGAACUUGACCGAUACAUCCGGCAAAAAGAAGAAAGAGAAAGGACGGGAGGCCCAGCAGGGGAGACAGGCCAGGUCCCGGAAAGUUCUGGAGAAGUCGGGAGCCCCAUCGCAGCCCGGUGAGACGGAGAAGGAGGAGGGUAGCAGCCAGGCAACGUCGAAGACCAAGCAGUAGACUGCCACCUCAGAGAGAGUUCUGCUUCGUCAUCUUGAUGGGUCCCACCCACGCUGAGCUCGUAGGGACUCUGGUCCCCCGACAUCCCUCCACAUCCUGCUCACCCACGCCCCUGAAACGUCCCGCUCAAUCUGUGCUGGAGCCAGGAGAAGGAGGAGGAGGAGGAGGAGGAGGAGGAGGAGGAGGAGGAGGAGGAGGAGGAGGAGGAGAAGGAAAAGGAGAGGCGGCCCCGGAAGACUGAUGGGGGUGGGGGCUCUCCCCCAAAGCCAAGAACAGUGGAGAAAAACAGAUAAUAAAGAGACAAGAAGCAGGCA